UUAGUUGACCCACUUGGUGUGCCAUUAACUACACGCAACUGCCCCCGUUGCCUUGCGAAGGGAAGCAGAUUGAAGACAGCCACACCGGCAUUUUAACCCUCGCUCUCUGUGUAUAUUCUUCUCGUAUUCCACGAUGCCUUCGAAUCAAAAUCUUCAAGGAGGGAAAACCUUUGGACUAUUAAAAGCCCAACAAAGGGAGAGGCUGGACGAAAUAAACAAGGAAUAUAUGGAAGAUCAGAAGUACCGGGAUGAGGAAGACCUGCCCGAAAAACUAGAUUCCUUCAAAAACAAGUAUGCCGAGUUUGACCUGAACGACCAGGGAGAGAUAGACAUGAUGGGCCUGAAGAGGAUGAUGGAGAAGCUGGGCGUCCCCAAGACCCACCUGGAGAUGAAGAAGAUGAUCUCAGAGGUGACGGGAGGCAGCAGCGACACCAUCAACUACCGGGACUUUGUCAAGAUGAUGCUGGGCAAACGCUCCGCCGUCCUCAAGCUGGUGAUGAUCUUCGAGGACAAGGCUAACGGGGCCAGUUGUAAACCCGGCGGCCCCCCUCCCAAGCGGGACAUAACCAGCCUUCCGUAAGCCCCCACGUCCCCCCCCCUCCGUCCCCACGGGCUGGCCAGCACUGACCUCCACACCUCCAGGGGGCACAGGAGAGCUUGAAGAACAACAGCCGCAGCAGCAGCUCUUAGUGGGGAGCGGGGGAGGGAGCGAGAGACAUGUAUAUAGCCUUACCCAGUCUCACCCCGGGACCCCCAGGAAGACCUCAGUGGAGGGGGAGGAUGUCCUUCCUGUGGAAGACAAAAGUGGAGGAGGAGGUGGGGGGGGGGGGGGGGUGUAAGACUCUGUCUGUUCUAUAUUUGCUGUGAAGACGUAACAACAGAUUUGUUAGCUUUUUUUUAAUGACCCGUACAUACAUGUAUAUAUUUAUAUCGGUGGUGAUAUUGAUGAGAUGAGGUCUGUAACUGUAGCGUUUCUAAGCCUGUAACCAUGACGAUGUGUGUGCCCCCCCCCCCCCCCCCCCCCCCCCCCCCCCCCCCCCCCCCCCGUGGCGUCGUCAGGUCGUCCUGUGAUCAGAGUGGUUGUUAUGACGAUUGUUUAGUGGUAUCCCGAGUGAUCGUGUAAGUGUAGUCCAUAAUGGGAUGCACUGAGCCCUCGGCUCACCUGUUAGAAAGUGGUACGUGAUUGUGAAUGAGUAUAUCCACUGUUAUUUGGAUCACUUCAAAUGUAGCAUUAACCGUUUAGGCAACGUGAGGCGAGUUUGUGGACACGUUUCUAGGGAACACGGUGUUGGGUUUGCUUUGACCCCCACCCCACACCCCCCUAACCCGGUGUCCCAGUUACCGUGUGAAAUCAGUUAGGGUGUGAAAGUAGCAUGCUAAUGAUGAGACAAGCACAAAAAAAAAAGAACAACUUCAGCCGUGGUCCGUGACGUCACACCGUUGGUUUUCCCGCGUUCUCGUUAGUGAUGUCCCCGUGUUGCACAGUUAACCAGUGGUCCAUGAUGAAUAUGAUGUCACAUGUCGUACUGCCAGGACUCCGUCUGGCCCGCUGGCUGUCUCUAGGUCCGGUGUCAGACGAGCGAGCCGCUCCCCAGACCUCCAGAGUCAGGUGGGUUUCAGCAGGGAUCAGAUAUCCGUCUGAAAACGCACACACUCUAAAACGGUCCUCGCAGGGUUUUUGAGGGUCAGCGCACACGUUGGUUUUUGGAGAGAUCUGAUUCAAGGCACAGCUGUACGGCAGCGAAGACAGUCCGCAGAGUCGUCUGUAAUCUCUCGCUUUCCAAGUGCCUAAAUAUGGGGCCAGAACUGACCCGCGGUAGAAUGGAGAAGGGACCCGAGUUUCCCUGGUAGAAACUCCCUCAGCAAUUAGACCAUGUGAUCAAGUUCUUUUGUCAUGUGGGAAGAAUCGUUUUUAAGGUGUUUGUUCACUAGUGUUUAUUAUCGUUGAUUUAGAGGUCCAUUUCUUUUGAAGAUGAUAUUGGUGACUAACCUGAGUAGAUGAUACUCUAGCUAGCACGUACACGCUAGGUUGUUGAAGGGUAGAAAGCGGAGAUGCACCAUAAAGAUGUCUAUUUAUUUGUUAAAACCUUUCCACUGUCUUAUUUUCUUCUCAGUUUAAAAUGCAGCGCGGCAUCUUAGCAGCUUAAGGCACCAAAGGCCUUUUAGGAGAGUCGGAUACACUUUUUUUUUUUUUUUUUUUUU